AUGGAACAUCACCGCCCACAUCCAGGCGCCGCUUUCGAAGGGUACUACAGCAAGUUCGAUCUGCCAUCAGGAGCACAUGUGGCCUUGAUUCUGUGUGAAGUCCGAAAUGCCAGGCAGAAGCCCAAUAUGCUGUCCUUUACCUACGUCCCAAAGGACGACCCGGCCGGAUACUACCAGAGGGAGGUUUUCACCGAAGACAUGAAGCAGGAACCCAGCUUGGAGGACAAGGGAUUCAGGAUCGACGUGCCUGGCAUUGGCCAUGUCCGGUGGUUCGAGGAUCAUACCGAGUAUGAUAUCCAACAUACUGACUUCACCUUGAAAGCCAAGACCACUUCUCGGACUCCCUGGGGCUCUAAUGAUACACCCGAGGGCUUGUUGGUCAACCUGCCAUUGCCGCUCCAUUGGCAUGUACACUCGCUGGCUUCUGGAUGCGACUACUCAAUGACCAUCUCAGAUUACAAUCUCCCCGCUGAAGACACCUCAGGCCAAGCGAUAGUGCACGAUGAGAAGAACUGGGCCACAUCAUUCCCAUCCGCCCACAUGUGGCUUCAAGCUCGGGAUGGCGACUCAAGCUUCUGCUGUGCAGGAGGUCAAAUUCUCGGAAUGGAAGCUUUCCUCCUCGGCUACCGCAGCAAAGACAUGAAUCUCGACUUCAAACCUCCCUUCGCCCUGCGCCUGGCGGGUCUGUCGCCAUUCCUGAGCUAUCGUGAGAGUUGGGAUGAUCGAACAUUCGAAUUGACCGUGCAGAAUUUCACGCAAAAGCUGGUGGUCAAGGCUUCCGCGCCGCGACAGACGUUCUUCUCGUUGACAUCACCUUUCCCCGAGGGCCAUCGAGAAAAUUACCUGGGGCAGAGCUUCAACGCGACGUUCGAGGUCAAGAUUUACGAAAGUGGAUGGUUUAGUCCGUGGAAACUGGUUCGCGAAGACACGUUCUCCCAUGCAAGUUUGGAGUUUGGCGGAGGCUAUUAUCCUCAUGCUGGGAGCAAGGAUCGAUUCCAUUGA